AUGGCUUCAAAAGAAAGCAUAAACCAAUAUUUUGAUAAAAUACCUGGAAGCAAUAAGUAUCACUGUCGGCUUUGCAAGGGACGAGGUAUGACAGAUACCGUUAAGCAUGCAAUGGGGAAACUUCAUAGAUCCAAAGUAGCAGCUGCGCAAAAAGCUCAAGAACAAAAGAAUAUUCAGGUAGCUGGUCUGACUGCUGAUGAUCGUAGGAUGGUGGGAGACAAUGUGGGAUGGAAUCAGCUUGAGGAAGAAAUUCACAUGCCCGAUGCAGGACCAGUAAUGGAGAUUGAUGAGGAUAAUGAAUUUGAUAUGGAAGCUUGGCUUAAGAAUUUACGAGAUCAGGCUGCAAGUCCAAUCAAAAACGAAUCAGAGGAAGAGGACGUCAGACCAUUCAACUGGCAACAUUUUCUUCAACACCCAGAUGAUGAAGACCAGGACAGCAUUAACAGUGAAGACAAAGACGACAAAGUAGAGGAUAUACCUCUGGCUUUGGAAAACAAUGAUGAUACUGAAGCGAACAAAUGGUAUCCUUUUUCAAAGAUGGAGGUAAUGAACUCAAUUCAUCUUGAUUGGAGCGCUUUUGAUAAGAAUACUAAACAACCAACCAUGAAUCAUUUUCUACCUUAG